AUGGACUUAGUUUCCAAUAUGUGGUUCUUUGCAGUUAAGCAUAAGGAAACAUGGAAGGAGUUUAUUUGUUACAUUGAUACCAUAGGAAGAUGCAAAGACUUGCUAGAAAUGCUACAAACAAUACAAAGUUUGAAAAAAAACCUUCUGAGCCUCCAUCACUGCCGCCGCUGGGCAGUGCUGCUGCUCUCGGAGUCUCGCCGACUUGGUUUUAGAGACUUGAUUUCUCUUUCUCAAUGCUCUCGAUCUCUCUUUAGGUGCCUGUUGAUCAUCUCGAUCCAUCCAUGGAAGCCUUACCUGUACCAAUCAUGGUUGAUAUUCUCUCAAGACUUCCCGUCAAGACAAUCAUCCAUUGCAAAUGUGUACGCAAAGAGUGGCUGGACCUCAUUUCCGACUCUUACUUUGCCAAUCGUCACAUCUCAACAUCAUCUGAAAUCCUCAUGAUUCAUCAUAAAUCAAAUCAUGAAGAUAAGCGCACAGCAGGGAUUUUGAAAUGGGGGGAGGUGGAAGACGAACUCGAUCACCACCAUUUACACCACGACCCUGUCAUGAGCCUUGACCUUAACCUCGCACCCAUUUUCCAAUGGUUUGAAAACG